UUAAUAUUUCUAUCUUUUUGUAGAGAGCUUUGAGUUUGACUAAAUAAAACUAAUAGAAAAUGGCUGCAAAAAGAAAAUUUUUUGUUGGAGGGAACUUCAAAAUGAAUGGAGAUCGAAAAAUGUUGGAUAGCAUUGUGGAAAAUUUGAAUAAAACAGAAUGUGGAAAUACUCAAGUAGUUGUGGCUCCACCAACAGUAUAUCUCUCGUAUGUGAAGGAAAAAUUGUCGGAUAAAGUUAAUGUAGCAGCUCAAAAUUGCCAUAAUGUUGCCAAAGGAGCUUUUACUGGUGAAACCAGUCCAGAUAUGUUGCUGGAUUUAGGUAUUUCCUGGGUGAUUCUUGGCCAUUCUGAGAGACGACAUGUUUUUGGCGAAACUGAUGAAUUGAUUGGGAAGAAGGUUCAUUAUGCACUUGAGAAAGGAAUGCAGUUGAUUCCAUGCAUUGGAGAGAAACUUGAAGAACGUGAAGCAGGUACCACUGAACAGGUUGUCUUUGGGCAAAUGGAAACAAUCAAGAAUAAUGUUAAUGAUUGGAGCAGAGUGGUCAUUGCAUAUGAACCAGUAUGGGCGAUUGGUACUGGUAAGGUUGCAACUCCACAACAGGCCCAAGAAGUUCAUCAGAAACUCCGCCAGUGGUUGGCUCAAAAUGUUUCAGAUGCUGUAAGCAAGUCUACUAGAAUCAUCUAUGGAGGGUCUGUGUCUGCCGCUAAUUGCAAAGAACUCGCAAAGCAGCCUGAUGUUGAUGGUUUCUUGGUUGGCGGUGCCUCUUUGAAACCAGAGUUUUCUGACAUCAUUAAAGCUAGAUGUUAAAAGAGAAGAAAAUAUUAAUCAUAAUAGAUGUUUCAAGUUCAACAUUUAAUAUAAAUUCUAAUUAUUCUAGGUGCAGAAUUCUGUACUUUUUUCGUUAAUCAGUUUUGUUUCAUAGCUAAAUUUUCUUACUGUGUGUGCUAUAUAUUUCAAAUAUCAUUUGGAAAAGGAUCAGGAUAGGAAUGAUCCAUCGAAAUGAAUCUUACAUGAUUAUAGUCAUAAGCUUAGCAAGAAUCCGGUAUCAUGCAUGAAAUUUAGUAAUUGUAUACUUAAAGCCAGCCAGUUGAAACCACGUUCAAAGUUUUCUGAAUUUCCAUCAUGUACCGUAUGUUGGUAUUCAUUUACCAAUAGGAGAACACUUACUAAACGUCUCCCAACUGCUGUUUGUAAGCAAGGAUAGUUUCAAAUUAUAGUGUUGGAAAAUUGAGUCUGGGAUGGCUGUAACCUUCGCUAGUUUCUUUUUCAAGUUGUAACCGCUGACAUG